CACGUUUCGAAACUUCGACUUCCUGAAGAGGGUGAGCGAGGAAAUUAAUGGCUGGGAACACUUCUCCGUUCGCGGAACAAGACAGCAUGAAAAGGGGUUUGUUAGCUGAUGAAGAGAGGAGGGAAGGUUUGGGGCUUGUUAAAUUGGAUGAGUUUGUUCAGGAAGUGAACAGAAUUGGAUACUUAGCAGGGCCAAUGGUUGCUGUUAAUUUUUCGCAGUAUUUUUUGCAAGUUAUAUCCGUGAUAAUGGUGGGUCACCUUGGUGAACUAUCACUGUCCAGCUCUGCCAUUGUCAUUUCCUUCUGUGCUGUCACUGGAUUCUGUCUUCUUGUAAGUGUUUUGUUUUCCCUCUUUAUUCUUGCCAUCAUUCCCAUUGAGGAUUCUUUCACGGGUAUAUGUUUUCUUAUCUCUAUUUGAUUAGUUCAGGUUGUGCACCCUGCAUUUCAUUUUGGCCAAACUCCUAUGUGCACCUGCACAUUAUUUUUUCUUGUGAUCAACCCCCUCAAGCAUUUUUAUUUUCGGUUAACACCUUCUAUAAUUUAAAAUCUAUAAAAAAAUUCAAAAAUU